AUGAGAACCUUUUUUAUUUUGGCUAUCCUUGUCGCGGCAGUCUAUUCCGAAGACUGUAGGCGUCAUGAGGAUUGCACUGCCACUACCUGUGCUUCUGGAUCUGAGCUCCACUGUGUAAACCAUCAAUGCACAUGUACCACAGCAGGCAGUGGUGAUGGAGGAUGUACCAUGGCUGAUGACUGUCAUGGAAGAUGUGACCAUGGUGGACGUCACCAUUGCAUUGAUGGUCGAUGUAGAUGUACCCAUUUUUAACUGGAUAAAUUUAUAUUUCCU